CGGGCCCGGAGCGGGAGCGGCCCCCGGGAACGGCCCCGGGAGCGGCCCCGGCCCCGCCAUGUGGUUCAUGUACGUGCUCAGCUGGCUGUCCCUGCUCGUGCAGGUGGCCUUUGUCACCCUGGCCAUCGCGGCCGGGCUGUACUACCUGGCGGAGCUGAUCGAGGAGUACACCGUGGUCACCAGGAGGAUCAUCAAAUACAUGAUCUGGUUUUCCUCGGCGGUGCUGGUGGGGCUGUACCUGUUUGAGCAAUUCCCGGCGUUCCUGGUGGGAAUGGGGCUCUUCACCAACCUCGUGUACUUCGGAUUGCUCCAGACUUUUCCUUUCAUCGUGCUCACCUCCUCCAACUUCAUCCUGUCCUGUGUGCUGCUCGUUGUCAAUCACUACCUGGCCUUCCAAUACUUUGCUGAGGAAUUUUUCCUCUUCUCUGAGGUCCUGGCUUAUUUCACGUUCUGCCUGUGGUUGAUUCCCUUCGCCUUCUUCGUGUCGCUCUCGGCCGGGGAGAACGUCCUGCCAUGUACAGUGCAGCCAGGAGACGACGUCGUCUCCAAUUAUUUCACCAAGGGGAAAAGAGGGAAACGUUCUGGAAUUCUCCUGAUUUUCUCCUUCAUCAAGGAAGCCAUCCUGCCCAGCAGGCAGAAAAUUUACUGAGGUUUGGGAAUAUUUGGGAAUAUCCAAAGGAUUUGGAUUUGGGAUAUCCCAAAUUGUGCCUCUCUCUGCUUUUUCCUGUUGGGAAUUCCUUGGGAAUUCCAAGAAUUGGACACUCCUGGAGGUGCCAACCACGCUUGGAGCUUUCCCUGCUGAUCCCUCAGGGAAUAUUUCCAUGGAAAAUGUUGGGAUUUGGAUGAACCCUCUUUUUUGUUUUUUGUUUUUUUUUUUUUUUUUUUUUUUUCCUUGUCUUUUUGGGAAUUUAUUUCCCAAUUCCUGGUUUGUUUUUGUUUUUUUUGGAGCCGUUCCCUCCGGUCUUUUCCCGAGGGUUUCACAGAGCCGUGAAUUAAAAACACACACACCCCAAAAAAAAAAAAUAAAAAUCCAGGAAAAAUCGGGAUAAAUCCAGGAAAAAUCGGGAUAAAUCCAGAGGAUUCCACACACACAGCCAGGAUGGAGCUGUCCCUUCAUCCCAUUUUUUUUUUUUUUUUCCAAGAGGGAAAGGACUUGGAAUAAUCCCAAAAAAAUAAAAUCGGGAUUUGGGUGGUUUGAAUCUUUGGAAAUUCCUUGGAAUUUUUCCCUCCAGCAAAGAAGUUGGUGGAAAGGGAUUUUUCUCAGUUUUCCAGGAUAUUCCCAGAUUUUUUUUUCUGAUCCUGCAGAAGAGGGGGAUUGCUCAGAAUUCCCAGAUUUUUCCUUCCUCCUUUUCCAAAGGGUGAAAUUCCUCCGAGGGAGCUGAAAAUUUUGUUCAUUCCGAUCACAAAAUUGCUGUUUUUUCUGGAAUUUUCACCUGGACCAGGAUUAAAUAUUCCCACCCCAGGGAAUUCCCUGGAUCCAGAGGAUUUUUUUUUUUUUUGGAGGAAUUCCCAGGAAAAUUCCAGGGGGAAUUUCAGGAAGGGAACUAAAAUCCCUCAGCAUUCCAGCUGGGAAAAAUUCCAAACUUUUGGGUUUUUUUAAGGAAAAAAAAAAAUCAUUUGGAAAAGCUGGAAUUUUGCCCUGAGACCUCUGGUUUUGCUGGAAAAAUUCCUGGAUUUGGGAUGGGAUGAACCAGGAGAGGAAUGAGGAAAAUCAGGAAUUCCUGAUUCCUUUUUAAUCCCAAUUUUCCCAGGAGCCAGGAAAGAUUUCCCAGCUUCUCUCCCACAUUUUUCCAACCUGGAUCCCUCAGGAUUUCCUGGAGCUGAACCAGAUUCCUGGGAAAUCGUGGAAUUCCAGAAAUAAUUCACCAGGAAAAGGAAAUUCGGGAUGAAACCCUCCUAAAUUUGGAAAAAAAAGCAUUCCCAGAAACACCGGGAAAUUUAUGGAUAAGGUGUAAAAUCCCAGAUUUCCCCUGAGAAUUUGAGGGGUUUUAUUGGGAUUGGGAUUUUUUUCCCAAUCCCUGGAAGUGUCCAAGGCCACGUUGGAGCUGGGUUUGUGGAAUUUGGGUGGAAUUUUCCCACCAAAACUCCAGAAUUUUGGGGAAAAUCCACAGAUGAAGAUCAUUGAAAAGGCAGGAAAAGUGGGAAUCUCCAUUCCUAACCUCUGGAAUUUCCCUGGAAGCACCGGGGAGAGCCCAAAGAAAUCUGGAUUUGGAAAAAGUUCCCGAAUUUGGAAAAAUCUGGGCAAAAUUCCUGCUCCUUUUCCAACAGAAAUUUCCCUUUCCCAGGCUUUAUUUUUGGGGCAGGGAUUCAACCUCUCCUUCCCAGUUUUCCUCCUGGAAAAUCCACAGGGAAAAAGAGCAGAAAUUCAGGGAAAUUCAGGAAAAUCCCUCCCAGCCUUAAAUAUUUCAGUUCCAGCUGAAGGAGGAAGGAGAAAAAAAUAGAAAAAUGGGAUAAAAACAAAUCCAAGGGAAUUCCUGAGGAAUGGAGGAUUUGGGGAUUCCCAGGAAAGGAGCUUUGGAAUGCCAGGAAAAUAAUUCCAGGUGUUCCCAAAUCCAAGGGAAAUAAAGGAUUUUAUUU